CACUCACACAACCAACUUUUUUUAUAACAAUCAUACCAACCAAAAUGUCAUCUGAAGCAUCCACCAUCACGUCGGAGCCACCUACCACCGCCAUAGUCUCCAUCGGUAGCCUUAAUACCAAUGAUACAGAGCUCACCUUAGGAUUGCCAGGCGGUAACUCUCGAAAAUCAGGAGCGAAACGAACGUUUUCGGUUACAACUGAUCUAAAGUUAGGCGGGACUGAUCGAUCCAGCUCGGAAUGCUCCGUCUUAAGGAGAUCUCCUCCUUCAAAGGAGCAAGUGGUAGGAUGGCCACCGGUUAGAUCUUACCGGAAAAACAUGGCGAAGAGCGGUUGCAAGUAUGUGAAGGUGGCGGUUGACGGAGCACCGUAUUUAAGAAAAGUUGAUCUUGAAUUGUACUCAGGAUAUCAGCAACUUCUGUCUAGUUUUGAAGAUAUGUUCUCCUGUUUUGCAAUCAAAAAUGUGAUGGAGGAGAUGAAGUUGAUGGACCCUGUGAAUGGUACUGAAUAUGUUCCAACUUAUGAAGAUAAAGAUGGAGACUGGAUGUUAGUUGGUGAUGUUCCAUGGAAGAUGUUUGUUGAAUCGUGCAAACGAAUAAGAUUGACGAAGAACUCGGAAGCUGGAUCAUUGGAGACUUGUUGAAGUGUCGAGCACGGUUAGACUUUGAAUGAUGAACAUGGGAAUACAAAUUCCUAAAAGGAGUUGCGUUUUCUCACUUUUUAUGCCUCUAUAAUCGUCUGCAUCGUAGAAUUGUACUGUAUAACAUAAUGUGAUGCGUAGACAUUGUCAAGUAGUUGUUUAUAGAGCAAAAAUGUUAUUUUUGGUUAA